UGAGGGUCCGCCGGCCGGUCCGUCUUAGCGCACGAUUUGGAGCCGGCUACGGGUGGGCUGGCGGUCCAGGGCGCAGGGCGGCUAAGAUGAGUGAAAGGAGAAGAUCUGCAGUCGCCUUGAGCUCCCGAGCACAUGCUUUCUCCGUAGAAGCCCUGAUUGGGACAAAUAAAAAGCGCAAACUCCGAGACUGGGAGGAAAAGGGUUUGGAUCUGUCCAUGGAGUCCCUGAGCCCCGCGGGACCGCUCGGAGACGGCGAGGACGCGGCUCACUGCCUGGAGCCCCACCCCGACUCAGAGCAGAGCACUGGUUCAGACACAGAAGUGCUCACGGAGAGGACAUCUUGUUCCUUUGAGUCUCACCCGGAUCUUACAUCAGGUGCUCCUGGUCCCCCACCUCCCCCCAUUUCAUCCAUGGAGGAGAUACAGGUUGAGCUCCAGUGUGCCGACCUCUGGAAAAGGUUCCAUGACAUUGGGACAGAGAUGAUCAUUACCAAGGCUGGCAGACGGAUGUUUCCAGCUAUGAGAGUGAAAAUUACAGGCCUGGAUCCUCACCAGCAGUAUUACAUAGCAAUGGACAUUGUGCCCGUGGAUAAUAAGAGAUACAGAUAUGUGUAUCACAGCUCCAAGUGGAUGGUGGCCGGCAAUGCUGACUCCCCCGUCCCCCCGAGAGUUUAUAUCCAUCCUGAUUCACUGGCCUCUGGAGACACAUGGAUGAGGCAGGUGGUCAGUUUUGACAAGCUCAAACUGACCAACAAUGAAUUGGAUGACCAAGGACAUAUUAUCCUGCACUCUAUGCACAAAUACCAGCCCCGAGUCCAUGUGAUCCGCAAAGACUUCAGUAGUGACCUCUCUCCUACUAAGCCUGUCCCUGUGGGGGAUGGUGUGAAGACUUUCAACUUCCCAGAGACUGUCUUCACCACAGUCACAGCCUAUCAGAACCAGCAGAUCACCAGAUUAAAAAUUGAUCGAAAUCCCUUUGCUAAAGGCUUCAGGGAUUCUGGGAGAAACAGGACUGGACUGGAGGCCAUUAUGGAAACAUAUGCUUUCUGGAGACCACCUGUGCGCACACUCACCUUCGAGGAUUUCACCACCAUGCAGAAACAGCAAGGGGGCAGCACAGGCACCUCCCCGACCACCUCCAGCACCGGAACCCCGUCCCCUUCGGCUUCUUCUCAUCUCUUGUCUCCGUCCUGUUCUCCUCCCACCUUUCACCUGGCCCCCAACACUUUCAACGUGGGCUGCCGGGAGAGUCAGCUAUGCAACCUAAACCUCUCUGAUUAUCCGCCGUGUGCCAGGAGCAACAUGGCUGCCCUGCAGAGCUACCCGGGCCUGAGCGACGGCAGCUACAACCGUUUGCAGAGCGGCACGACCUCAGCCAGUCAGUCCUCAGAAACCUUCAUGCCUCAGAGGACUCCCUCCCUGAUCUCAGGAAUCCCGACUCCUCCUUCGUUGCCCAGCAACGGCAAGAUGGAAGCCUAUGGGAGCCAGCUGGGCUCUUUUCCUGCCUCCCAAUUUCAAUACGUCAUGCAGGCAGGCAACCCAGCGUCCAGUCCUUCGUCCCCACACGUGUUCGGUGGCAGCCACAUGCAGCAGAGCUCCUACAACGCCUUCUCCCUUCACAACCCUUACAACCUCUAUGGUUACAACUUCCCCACCUCCCCCAGGCUGGCUGCGAGCCCAGAGAAACUGACCACCUCCCAAAGCACUUUACUCUGUUCGUCUCCCUCCAAUGGGGCCUUUGGUGAAAGGCAAUAUCUGCCCACAGGGAUGGAACAUGGCAUGCAUAUGAUCAGCCCCUCUUCGGCCAACCAGCAGACAGCCAACACCUGUGACAGCCGGCAGUAUGGGUCUGUCCCUGGCUCUUCCUCCUCCCAGAUGUCUGUGCAUAUGGUUUAAUUGGGAACCUGACCUCUCAUCACCAAAGACCCUCCGCUGUUUCCGUGAAGGCGUCCUCGUUGUCAGGAGCUCAAAGCCUUUGAACGAACAGUGGAACUGCAUUUUUUUUUUUUCUUUUGAAGGGGGUGGGGUGGGAAUCUUAUAGAACACUUGAGAUGGAACUUACAUCUGACUGCCUGGCCCAUGCUCACAAUAUCCAAAGACUUAGCCUUGUUAUCCAGUGUCUAACCUUUAAUCCUAAGUGGCCUUUGGAAAGAUGGGACAAUCGUUUUAUAUUAAUAUAAGAGAGAGGCUAGAGUGUAACAGCCAAUGAAACAUGCAUAUAUAUACAUACCUAAUACAUACAUAUAUACACAUAUAUAUACAAACACACAUACAAACACACAUACACACACACAUACACUUAACACUCACUCUCAACUAGGGUGAGCUCUUCUUGAAGGGAGGCCCAGAGUGGGUACUUCACCAAGGACUGGUCUUUCUACAAAGCUACAUGGUCUGGGAAGGCUACCCUUGACCCCUAUCCCCCCAGGACCCUACCUGUUUCUGGAGUGAAUCGGACCUCCUGAAACCACUUCCCAUCGAUGAGGGGUAGAUGGACGUCAGAGCCACAAUUGGACUUUACUUCCUGAAGGAAGGUGCUCUCCUGACUUUGGCUCCUUCCAGCUGAUUAGCUAUUGUCCUGAAAAUUCAGUGGUGCAACUUAUGUGAUAGGAGAGAAUGAAAGGAAUGGAA